AUGCCAUGCCAUGGAAAACGGCGUGUUCUCGAGGUGGCGAUAAGUCCCCACAAUUUCCUGCGCCACCCGUUAACGCCACAAACGAGGGGUACAUAUCCCAUCCCACGUCACAUCCCUCCUCCCAACUACCUACCCUCUCUCCUUCAACAAAACCAAAAACACUACUCAACAAACCCCCCAACAAAAAAAAACAUCAAUAUCGCUCCAAGCCCUCCGAGCUCACAAGAAAGCCCAUAAACAAAUUCAAGGAAAACGCCAAAUCCAAAGACAGCAACUAAAAAUGCCCUCCCAAACCUCCUCAUCAUCUCAGGAGAAAUCCGCAACUGAACCGAUAACCAUGGAAGACAAGGAGACCCCGAAAGGCAGCGGCGAGUCGAAGACGGAGGAAGAGAAAGAGGCUGAGAGGUUGUAUGAGGAGCGGAUUGAGGAGGAGUAUGCGAAGAGGGAGGGUGGUGCGUGA